UUCAGUCGCUUGCUGAACUGCUCCCCUCAGUGGAAAUUAUUAGACUGGUUGGCACAUUACCAACCAGUUUAACAUCACCAGCGUUUAAAUGCGCCGAGGACUCAUUUUCGAUGGUCGGCCAGUACUUGACAUAGCGACACGAUGCGGAGUUUUAUCAGAUUAUUAUAAACCUUCACUCAGGUACAGAGCUAGCAGGUUAGCUGGUUCAAAGCACCAGGCUGCUGGCGUUUACAGGGACUGCCUGUAGGACGUCAAGGGAGCCGCUUCAUCAUUUCCUCGUUACUCGGAUCGGGAACAAAUCCAGCUGUUUGGUUUCUGGACGCGCUCAUGUUUUGGCAUUUUGGCGAGCAUGGAGCUGUUUCAAGCUAAAGAUCAUUAUAUUCUCCAGAGCGGAGAUAACGCGCUGUGGUGCAGCAGGAAGGACGGAUCUUUGAUCGUGAGACCGGCAACUGAUCUGCUGCUGGCCUGGAACCCUGUCUGUUUGGGGCUUGUGGAGGGUGUUAUUGGAAAAAUACAGCUUCAUGCUGAUCUUCCUCUGGGCCUGAUUCUGAUUCGCCAGAAAGCACUGGUGGGCCUGUUGCCAGGAGACCACAAAGUGUUCAAGAUCACCAAGAUAGUAGUCAUUCCACUCUCAGAGGAUGAACCACAGGAUCUGGAAUUAGAGCUUUGUAAAAAACAUCAUUUUGGAAUCAACAAACCUGAGAAAAUCACCCAGUCACCGGAUGAAUCAAAGUUCUUGCUGAAGACACUGAGUCAGAUCAAAUCUAAUGUUGCAGUGCCCAUCAAGAAAAAGGUGAAAGAGAAUAAAGAGAAGGAGCGUCUAGAGAAGCGGCUGCUUGAUGAGCUCUAUAAGAUAUUCAUGGACUCUGAUUCAUUUUACUACAGUCUGACCUAUGACCUUACCAAUACAGUCCAGCGACAGGGAGCAUUAGGCGAGUCAGAUUUGCCCCUCUGGAAAAAGGUGGAUGAUAGAUUCUUCUGGAACAAACACAUGAUCAAAGACCUCAUCGACUUGAAGGUGCCUCAGGUGGACUUUUGGGUGAUUCCUAUCAUCCAAGGUUUUGUGCAGGUGGAGGAGCUGGUGGUGAACUACAACGAGAGCUCUGAUGAAGAGAAGAGCAGCCCGGAUACACCUCUGCAGGAACCCACCUGUGUGGAUGAUAUUCACCCACGUUUUACAGUGGCCCUCAUCUCCAGACGAAGCCGCCAUCGUGCAGGAAUGCGCUACAAGCGAAGAGGGGUGGACACAGACGGACAUGUGGCCAACUAUGUGGAGACCGAGCAGCUAAUCCAUGUGCAUAGCCACACGCUGUCCUUUGUACAGACACGAGGCUCCGUCCCUGUGUUUUGGAGCCAAGCUGGUUACCGCUACAACCCCAGACCUCGGAUAGAGAAAGGAGAGAGGGAAACUAUGCCUUACUUUUCCUCUCACUUUGAAAAGCAAGUUGAGAUUUACAAAAAACUGGUCAUUAUUAAUUUAGUGGACCAAAAUGGACGUGAGAAGAUAAUUGGUGAUACAUUCCUCAAACAAGUGCUGCUGUACAAUAAUCCCAAUCUAACAUAUGUUUCAUUUGACUUCCAUGAGCACUGUCGAGGGAUGAAGUUUGAGAAUGUGCAGACUCUCACUGAUGCCAUUUGUGACAUCAUCACGGACAUGAGAUGGGCCUGGGUGGACCAAGCAGGAGUCAUCUGCCAGCAGGAGGGCAUUUUCCGGGUUAACUGCAUGGAUUGCUUAGAUAGAACUAAUGUGGUACAGGCCGCUAUCGCCCGUGUAGUCACAGAGCAGCAGCUGAAAAAGCUUGGUGUAUUGCCACCCGAGCAGCCACUGCCCCUCAAGUGUUACAGGAUCUAUCAGGUGAUGUGGGCCAACAAUGGAGACACCAUUAGCCGUCAGUAUGCUGGCACAGCUGCCCUAAAGGGUGAUUUUACACGAACAGGAGAGCGAAAGUUGGCGGGGAUGAUGAAGGAUGGUGUGAACUCAGCUAAUCGUUACUAUCUGAACCGCUUCAGAGACGCCUACCGCCAGGCCGUCAUCGACCUCAUGAUGGGCCUUCCAGUUACGGAAGACCUGUACUCCAUCUUCAGCAAAGAGAAGGAACAUGAGGAGAAGGAGAGCCAAAGAGGAGCUCAGGAGCAGGUUAGCUUUCUGCUGCAGACAUACAUGCAGCUACUGCUGCCUGAAGAUGAGAGGUUCCAUGGUGGCUGGGCCCUUAUAGACUGCGAUCCAAGUCUAAUAGAUGCCACACACAAAGAUGUUGAUGUUCUUCUUCUUCUGUCCAACUGUGCAUAUUAUGUAGCCUACUAUGAUGAGGAAGCAGACAAGGUCAACCAAUACCAAAGGCUCAGUUUAGAAGGUCUUGAAAAGAUUGAAAUUGGCCCAGAACCUACUCUGUUUGGAAAGCCUAAAUACUGCUGCAUGCGACUGCAUUAUAAGAAUGGGGAGACAAGUGGUUACUUUCAUACACUGAGAGCUGUCACACGGAAUGCAGAGGAUGAUGGAAAAGACACACUCCAGUGCAUUGCGGAAAUGCUUCAAAUUACAAAGCAAGCUAUGGGGCUUGAUGUCCAGGUCAUUGAGAAGAAAUUAGAGAGGAGACACAGUAAACCACAUGAGGAUAUUAUGGGAAUACAAGGAAAAGCUGUGGACCAAGUCUUUGGGUCUGGUUUGGCUCAAGGCAAAAGCUUCCUCUUGAACAAGUUCUCAACGCUAAACCAGAAAGUGAAGCAGACAAAGACCAACGUCAACAUGGGAAAUUUCAAGCCUUUAGGGAGACUAGGGACCUUCUCGAAGCCUGAGGUGAAAGUGAACUUCCUAAAGCCCAAUUUGCAUGUGAACCUCUGGAAAUCUGACAGCAGUUUAGAGACUUCUGAUGCCAAUACUGGUUCGGCAGCCCUAAAAGACCUUAAUGAUGAACAUUGUGAAGAGAUCUCCUCUGAUUCUGAUUCCUACCACUCGGACGAGCAUCCAUGCUCAGGAUCUCGGGAAAACGUAGACUAUGUGCUUCCAAGCUGUGGAAUUGUAGCAUCUGUACCUCGACUUGGCAGUCGCUCACAAUCUAUUAGCAGCAUUGAGCUUGCAGUCCCCUCUGUCAUCCGAGUCACAGGCUGUGAUAACAAGACUACAGAUAACUUGUCAGUUGGCCUAGAUGACCAGUCUCCUGGGGCAGCCUCGGAGGCAGAAGAAGCCAUUCUGAUUGACUUUGGGACACCUAUUGAUGCUUACUGCCACCAGUUCGUCUACGAUGCCAAGACUAAAGCAAUAGAGGUGUUUGAGGAAGUGGCAGCACCACCCAAACCGCAAGCACCUCACGGUACCAAUUCCCCCUCAGCUCCAGAUGCAAGGCUAGGUUCUUCACAUUCUCAACCACAGCUCCCUCGACCAUCUCAGCUCGAGGUGAACUCCUCUGUUCCUGGGGGGAAUCUCCUGAGUGUCCAGCCUCCAGGCUCUGCCACAUCAUGCGGGUCACAAAAAAGUCUGGAAGGUAAUAUAGGACCCUCGCCAGCAGACAGCAAUGGAAGCCGUGUCGUUUCUCCCUUUGCUAAGAUCAGGAGCUCCAUGGUGCAGGUGGCAAGCUUGACCCAGACAGGACUUACGCAAGGAAUCAAUUUCGCUGUAGCAAAAGUUCAGAAAAGCCCAGAAUUAGAUGCUGUCAAUGAAACUCAAGAAAAUGAAUUGAGAGCAAUGUUUACACAGUGCCAGACUAGGAUAAUUCAGAUAUAGUUCUGUUAGCAGAUGCAUUUUUAGUGUUAGAUUGUGACUUCCAGUACAGUAACGGUAGCAAAAUCUCACAAAACUGAACAUUAAUUCACCUAAUGUCACACUCGUAAUAUCCCCUCCAGCUCACCAAACCAAAGUUUGCAGCCAGUGUUGUAGUAUGUAGUACAUCUAAGGACAUGUCCACACUAAAAUGUUUUUCAGUUGAAGACGCAUUGAGUUUGCUAUGUCUACACCUCUCAUCCUCACAGAAUUUUCGAAAACUCUCUCUAGUACCACUUUCUCCAGAAAACGAUGACAUUAGGAACCAAAAAUGUAUUAGUGUGGACUUGGCCUAAGAUUACCUUACUGUGCCCCUGAGUCUACGUCAAAUCCUAAACACAUCUGUAUAUUGCUGGUUUGCAUGUUAAGAAAUAACUCUUGAGGUAGACUAAGGCAGGCAAUAUUUAUUGCAUGUCAAGACCCAAGACCUAGAUUUGUCAUGUGUGACCCCAUUUGUGCAGUGCACUUGUUUGAAUUCACUGGCUGUUGUAGCUAUAACUCAAACCUUUCGAACUAAUAACCACAUUUUAAUAUCUAUCAGUGGGCAGCUUAAUAUUACGCAUUAGAAAAAUGGACCGUAAAGUUACAUUAUUAUACGGAUAUCUUUGAUGUGGUGUUUGUCAUUUAAAAUAUACCAAAAUAGAACCAGAAUAGUUGUGUAGGACCUGUGGUCAAAUUAUAUUAUUCAAAAUGUAAGUAUUAUAUGUAAGUACUAUAUCAGUUUCCUUAGAACUCUCCAAUUAAGAUGUUUAUAGACAGAUAAUUUUUUAUAUGCUCUUAAGUUUAUGACAAUGGCUAAUGGAAAGAGGAAAGAGGCCACCUCCCGUUUUUGGGCUCUGUUGAUGCAGUCAUGCAACCUAAUUAGUCAACUCUGUCCAAUGGGGAAACCGUUGUUUCACAGAGUUAGCAGAGGACUAAAACAGUUAUUUAUUGUCAGAAGUUUUUUUGAGGUUAUACAAAAGCAUAUGUCUUAAAAUAUUAAGUUUAUUUCAUAUUUUGAGUUGUAAGUGGUGGGAUAAAGUAAGAGUGGUCUGUUAAUAUCUUAAAAUGCUCUGCUUAGACAUACUGUAGGGUGAACUCCAUCUGCAAAGAGGACCUGUGUCAAAUACCUGUUAAAACCUGGUAAAUCUGUUAUUUGCAAAUUCAGAUUGGUAUUCAAAUAUACAAAUGUACCAAACAAAUCUAAAGUUAUAGGACUUUAGAUUAAUAUUUGACACAGGUCUGAUGCAAGGUAGCCUUGACAGUUUUUGCACUCUUAAAUGGCAAGAGCAAGCCUUACCAGAUUAUUAAAUGCAAGUCUACCUUCAGAUUACUGAUAUUUUCAUUCAACCCAUUCCGGUUAUAUUUAUGUUUUGUCUGCGGUGUAGAUAUUAUGUAUUUAUGCCAUGUCUUUAGAUAAUUCUCUCUGACUUGUAGGUCAUUCUGUUUAAAAUUAUUGAAGUGAUUCAGAUUAGAUCAUCAUUUGAGGCUGCCAUACCUCAUAAAUUCUUUAUGCAGAAAGAACAUCAAGCCUUACUGGACUAUGUCCAGUGAAUCCUAGAUUAAUUAUGCAUUAAUUAACAGAAUUUAAGUGCAAAUCCUGUGGGAUUGGGGGUUUAUUGAUGUUUGGGUACUUAGGUUCUAAGAAAGUCUUGAAUAGUUCAAUAUCAGACUAGCAUUACAAUAUUAAAAGGCCUGCCUCACACACUAAUCUCAUGUCCUAGCCAGUAAUUAUGACUAUGAAGAUCAUAUUGGCUUCUAUGGGAGACUUAUCAGUUCUAUGGUCCACAGGUACUUUUUCAAACAUCUAUCUUUUUACUCAUCUUUCUCCAUCAUAUCUACUCUAGCACAGACUGUAUGUACUGUGCAAGGCAGUGGGUUACACAAUGCUGUUGAAAUCCAUACACACACAGACAAUUCUGAGGCUGGUACAUCAUUUUAAAAACCCUCCAAGAUAAGAACUGUCUGUGCUUUAAUAUAUGGCGGCUGUUAUGCAAUACUGAAAAAUACAGUAUUGUAGGUUUUGGCAGUAAGACAUUUUUUUUUUUUACUAUAAGACAGCAUGCACUGGAAACAUUCUUCUUUGGCUGAGGUUUGUGCAGAGAGUUCUUGAAUCAGUACUUACGAUAAACAUUCAUCUUGUUUUGGGUGUGGGUUAGAUUGUUUUCGAUCAUGUAUUUUUAUUUUUUUUUCUAUGCAUAAAAAGUUGCACUAUCCUUGUGGUUGUUCCCUAGUUAUUUAUCACAAAGUGCUUUUGAAUUCACCUUUUCAUUUUCAUUUUUGUAACUGAACUGACAUCUCAUUUUGUAUUAUUUUGUCCCACAUCCAUUUUUGUUUAUGAAUUUGUCCAUAACUUUCACAUCAAGCGCAUUUCCAGUAUCUUUCCAUUUUCCAUAAAUGUUUGUGAAUUGUUUCCAUCCAUUGUAACCAGCUUUUUAUUGCAGAUUAUUUAUUAAAAAAAUAAAUAAAAUAAAAAAGAAUUUAACACGCUUAUACCCCAGCAUUUCCUAUGUUAAAAAACCUUAACUAUUGUAUAAACUGCUGUAUUUUAAAAUGUUAUGGGAUGUAUCUUUUUUUUUUUUUUUUUUUUUUUUUAAAAGUAAAUAAUUAGAAGAAAAUGUCAUUUGAUUCAUUUACAAGUUUGAUUAGCACCUGAUUAUUGAUGAUUGAAUGACUAGAAUAUGCUUCCAUAAUUUUCACUUCUGGAACAAUGUUUUCUUUAAGUACUUGUAGAUAUCACUUGAGAAUUGUUUUCCAAAGGAUUACAAACGUGGUAAGCAUGGCAACCUCUUUUCCAAAAUGUGGUUCCUCCCAGAGAAGACCUUUUAAAGGAGUAUUUCACCCCAAAAUAUAAAUUAAUCAUUUACUCACCCUCAUGCCACAUUUGUAUGACUUUAUUUUUUCUGCAGAACACAAAGAUUUUUAGAAGAAUAUCUCAGCUCUGUAAGUCAAUACAAUGCAAGUAGAUGGUGACCAAAACUUUAAAGCUCCAAAUGCACAUUAAGGCAGCAUAAAAAUGAUUCAUAAGACUCCAGUGGUUAAAUCCAUGUGGUCUGAGGCGAUCCAACUAAUAUCCAAAUAAAUAUGAGUCUUUUUUUUUUUUUCACUGUACAUUUUGCCAAGAGCUAAAUGGUGCUAGGAAGUAAGCUUGAAAUCAUGAUUGCCAAGGAGACUGCUGAUGUCAAGAUUUAUAGUAAAAAGUUAAGGGAGUUAUUUUUUUGGUCUGUUUUGCUUCAGAAGAGAUGGACUAAACCAGGGGUGUAAAAGGUUCUCAGAAAUUAUACUUAAGUGAAAGUAUGGAUACUGAGUGAACAUUUUACUCAAUUAAAAGUCCAAGUAUCUAGCCAAAAAUAUACUUGAAAGUAAAAACGUAUUUAUUUUAAAUUGUACUUAAGUAUUAAAAAAGUAAAAAGUAACAUUUCUAGCUAGAAUGAAAUGGAGGAGGUUGUGUGAGAGAGGAUAUUGUUAAAUUCGAUUGGUUUUUACUGUCUCUGACGACUGUCAUAUUUCUCCCCCAGUGGCAUUUGCAACCUGAUCAUAGAAUCAUGUUACAGUAACUACAUUUUUGCAAAAUGAUUACAAAAUGUUGUAUGUAACAUGGCAAUUUCCUGGUGGAAUGAACACUAGAGACGCUAAAACAACAAUGACUUUUAUCCCCUUUCACUCAAAUCACAACUAAAACAGCAGAUUAUCAGCUCAUAAACACUUUUCGCUCUGUUCCCACACAAUGCUAUCUUAUGACAUCUAAACACUUUUACUAUAGCUCAUGACACAUUUUAACAUUUGCAUUACACAACCAACUACAGUACAUUUACCAGCUUGUUUGAAUGUGAUCAAAUUUUGCAGUAGCUCAACUAAUAGUGUUGCAUAUGUGAUGCAAAGGACCAGGGUACGAGUCCUGAAGAGCAUGCGAGUCGACACAAGAGCCGAAAGUGUUAUAGAAGCACCACAAAAUGACAUGGUUGCUUCAUAAAUUGUUUUUCAUCUCACAUUUGCUUUUUAUGACACUAUCGGUGAGGUUUAGGUUUAAGACAUUUCACUUGCUUUUAGCAGCACACAAUGGACAUUUAACUUCCAUUAAAUGUGUAAUGAAUUACAUAAUUAGAUUUUGCAAAAACUUUGCCACAGUCACACAAUGUUCAUUGCAUGGGAGAAGGCACUCAAUUGCCAUGUCAGAGCACCCAGCCCCUUGAAAAAUAGAGAAGAUAAAAAAUAAAAUAAAUAAAAAUAGGCUUUAAAGAACGUUAGUAAUGUUGUUGGUUUUGUGAAUUGUUUUUUGAGGUUUGCUACCAAACCUUGCUGUUGAGCAGAUGGAUGAAUUCAAUAAAAUGUAUAAAAAAAAAAAAAUUAAAAAAAAUUCUCCCAAUUUGUAAUGCCCAAUUUCCACUACUUAGUAGGUCCUCAUGGUGAUGUGGUUACUCACCUCAGUCCAGGUAGCGGAGGACAAGUCUCAGUUGCCUCUGCUUCUGAGACCGUCAAUCUGCGCAUCUUAUCACAUGGCUUGCUGUGCAUGACACUGCAGAGACUCACAGCAUGUGGAGGCUCAUCCUACCCUCCACGCCCCAUUGAGAGCAAGAACCACUAAUUGCGACCAUGAGGAGGUUGACCCAUGUGACUCUCCCUCCCUAGCAAUCGGGCCAAUUUGGUUGCUUAGGAGACCUGACUGGAGUCAGCACACCCUGGAUUCGAACUCGCAACUCCAGGGGCGGUAGUCAGUGUCAAUACUCGCUGAGCUACCCAGGCCCCAAUAAAAUGCAUAAUAUUUACUCAGAUUCCAUUAUUUUUAUCAUCAUGAUCAUUGCUGGUUUUAUAGUUAUUAUAAUAAUUCAUAGAUGUAAUUUAAAUAUGAAUGCAAGUGUAGAAAUAAAUGUAGACAAUUACAAAAGCAUUUUGUUUUUAUAUUAGGGGUGUAACGGUUUAUCGUGGCACGAUGCAUCGUGGUUCAAAAAUGUAAUGUGUGGAGAUGGGAUGUUUUUAAAUUUGUUUUAUUAUUUUAGCAUCUGUUCUAUCCAAUACACACAACGUCCUACACCUACGUAACACGAGCAUACAAAUGGAAAUCGCUUUAUUGGCACAAGGUGCUCUAAAAUACGAUUGCACACUAGCAGCCACAUAUCUACUAUAUAUAACGCUAAAUAUUAUGUACAAUAAUAUGGGGGAAUAUAUUCCUAAUGUCAAAUGUCAUGUCUAAUUUGAUUAUACCAGUAAAUUAUUAUUUAACUGGAUAAGCAUGCACUUCCAUUAAAUAUGUAUUUUUGAAAGGAAUAUUUAGAUGUAAUAAAAGACAAUACUAUUUUAAAAGAGAAAUUUUAAUUUAAAAUAUUUUUAAUUUUGUCAUCAGUGACAGUGUGUAAGCAGCAUAUAGUAUGUAUCUAACAUAAUUCCAUAAUAUUAGCUAAUAUUUCCAUUUGGUACAGCAUGAGGGUGAGUAAAUGAUGAAAGAAUUUUCAUUUUUGGGUGAACUAUUCCUUUAAUAGCAUUGAGAUAAAUUGUAAUAGAUAUUUUGCAUUCAGAUGUGGUGUGACUGUUUUGUGGCUCCCAUAGUCAGACUAUGAAAUGCAACACUAAACAGAGAAGAAUGCUCUGGUGUUACAUUUCAAAACACCACAUUAACAUGUCAGCUUGGGCACUGUCUUCGUAAUACAGCCUUUGCCAUGUUUAACAAGGAAAUCAUGCAAUCGCACGGUUUAUGCAUUUGGGAAAAUGACAAGAAUCCCAAAUUCUUAUUGUUACAUUGACAAUAUAUAUAGAAUUACACUAGGUUAUCAAAACUUUAUUUUUCUUUAAUACCCAGAAGUGCCAAGUGUGUAAUUAUUUGCAGUAAGGCAGUUAUACUUUGUCAUACAUCUGCAUUUGCUUAUGUUAACAAAUUUAAAAACAUUUGAAGCAUUGUAUAAAAAACAAUUCCCUACUUAACCAGUGUAAGUUUUUACCCAAACGUUUAAAGUAAAAAAAAAAACAAAAAAAAA